GUUCACGAUGCCCGUUGAGAUGGUCAGCGAUGACGAGGGAGCCUCGGGUGUUCCUGCAUGUGCUUGGAUCGGCCGAUUACGUAGCCAUCGAUCAACGACCAACGCCCGCAAACCUGAAUCGCCAACGGACGCGGCCGAAAACUGGAUCGCGCAACGCGCCGCAACUUCGUCAUGUUGAGCGCAUAGCUGGGAGGCCAAUUGGCUUUUUGCAGGCCUGUUCUGCAAGCACACCGCAAACACCCCUCACAUUCCUUUCCGCCCGCUGUCACUAUCCAUGGCGCGCUUGGGCAAUGCGCGCGACCUCGGCCUGGUGUGGCUGCGGGGAACGCGCCGCGGACUGCACACCAGAGCCAAUGCCACCACUCGCCCGACCGCCUCUACCUACUGCCUCCGAUAUGGCCCGCCGCUCUUCCUCGCGACCCUCGGCACCGGAUACUACCUCGCAGCCCAUCACUCGCGGCCCAUACAGCUCGACGGGCCGUCCUGGGGCUCCGUGUCGCGCACACAAAGCCGGAGCAGCGCCAACUCCGCUGUGAAGAAGCCCGACGAGAAGUCCGACGAGAGACCUGCGCCCGGCGAGCAGGAAGCGCCUUCCCAGACCCGAGUCGCGGAGGGAUACAGCGCUGUGGUGGAGAAGGCAGGCGACGUGACGUCAGCCUGGCAGACAAUCACCGGCAGCUUCUCCAGCCCUACCUCGCCCGUCACGUACAUCGGCGACUCCAUCCUGGACUACGUCAUCCCCCAGUGGGUUAAGGUCUUGCCGGGCUUCAUCAAGAAGCUGCAGAAUGAGCUGUCCAUGGCCCCAGGGUCGCUGGCCGAGGACAUCUGGUACGAGGCGAACGACCCAGAGACUAACCCCGAGAUCAUUUGGGAUGCUUCUGUGCGCGUCUCCGACCAGCUGUGCGAGGAGGAGCUGUCGUUCCGAGAGAAGCGCUCGCAAUUCACCAAGGCAGCUCUCGCCCGCUAUCUCGACAUCCCUGAGGGCAAGAUCCACCCUGAUGACGUCCCCGUCAUUGCCAUGUGCGGCUCUGGCGGAGGCCUCCGCGCUCUUGUUGCCGGCGCCUCGUCAUACCUGUCGGCGAAGGAGCACGGCCUGUUCGACUGCGUCACCUACACAGCUGGCGUCAGCGGGAGCUGCUGGCUGCAGACAAUGUUCUACUCCGACGUCUCCCAGCGCAGCCAUGCUAAGCUGAUCCGCCACCUCAAGAACCGUCUCGGUGUGCACAUUGCCUUCCCACCAGACGCCCUUGAGCUGCUCGUCAGCGCACCGACCAAUAAGUAUCUGCUGGCGGGCCUGGUCGAGAAGGCCAAGGGCGUGCCUAAUGCCGAUUUCGGCCUCGUUGACUUCUACGGCGCGCUCCUCGCUGCACGCUUGCUUGUUCCAAAGGGUGCGCUAUCUGUCAGCGAAUACGAUUUCAAGAUCUCGAAACAGCGACGCUUCACGGACGACGGCUCACACCCUCUGCCCAUCUACACCGCAGUCCGCCACGAGAUACCCCUGGCCGAGCAGAUCGACACGAAGGACCCCAUCGCUGCUGAAGCCAAGGCAAGGAAGGAAUCCUGGUUCCAGUGGUUCGAAUUCACACCAUACGAGUUGUGGUGCGAGGAGCUCUCUGCUGGCAUCCCAACGUGGGCCAUGGGUCGCCAGUUUGAGAACGGACGGACUGUAUGGCGCGAGAAUGGUCUCGCUCUGCCUGAAGUUCGCGUCCCGAUGCUCAUGGGCAUCUGGGGUUCUGCGUUCUGCGCAACACUAUCACAUUACUACAAAGAAGUUGGGCCUUUCCUGCGCGGUCUUGCAGGCUUCGCAGCCAUCGACGCCAUGAUCGCCGAGCGCGACGAAGACCUCGUCAAGGUUCACCCCAUCGAUCCUGCGUCCAUACCCAACUUCGCCCUCGGCAUGCGGGAGCUGCUCCCACCUUCGUGUCCAGAAAGCAUUUUCACGCAAAAGAACUUCCAGUUCAUGGACGCCGGCAUGUCCAACAACCUGCCCAUCUACCCGCUCCUCCGUCCCGGCCGCAACGUCGACAUCCUCAUCGCCUUCGACGCAAGCUCUGAUGUCCGCACCGACAACUGGCUCAAAGUCGCCGACGGCUACGCUCGCCAGCGCGGCAUCAAAGGCUGGCCCGUCGGCGCCGGCUGGCCACCCGCUGACGAAACAAUGGAAACGAUCCAGCACGACCUCGACGAAGCCCAAGCCAACAGCGAAGCCCAAGCCAACGCCAAAGUCGAGGAAGCAAAAGCUCAAGACGCUGACAACGCAAAGCAGCACAAAGACCUCGGCCACUGCAAUAUCUGGGUCGGCAGCACCGAGGAACGCAUUAGCAACGACGAACCCCCGGUCUCGAAACAGGUCGAAGAAGACUGGGAGCUCAUGCACGAACACUCCGGCAUCACUGUUAUCUACAACCCCUUCCUCACGAAUGACAAGGUCCCCGGCGUCGAUCCGCGCUCCAGCGACUUCAUGAGCACCUGGAACUUCGUCUACACGCCCGAGCAGAUUGACAGUGUGGUCGAGCUGGCGCGCACGAACUACGCGGAGGGCGCCGAGCGCACGAAACGUACUGUCAGGGCGGUAUAUGAGCGCAAGAAGAGGAAUAGGGAGGAGAAGGAAAGGCUGGAGAGGGAGCGCAGGUGGCACUGGAGACUGGCGCAGGGCAGGGUCGCGGGGCAUCGCAUGGGCGCGAGUGAUCACGGGGAUCACUUCAGCUGAAGCAGGCGCGAAGAGGAGAGGGAGGAGAAGGACGUUGAAUGAUACCCACUUGGCAUAGAAUGACCACUUUACACA